AUGAAUGCGGAAGCCAAAAAGAAAGUGGACGUAUUAUCGGAAGAAUUGUUACCUUAUAUAAUUGCUGAGCAAGAGCGACGGACCACAUUGUACAAAAGAGUCAUGACUGCUAUACAGAAUGGAGAAAAAGGAGUCACUAUAGCGGAGAUUAGAAAUAAACCUCCUCUCAUUAUAAGGAAAGGUCUGAUGUUUCGGUGUCCCAUGAAUAGAGCGCCAAAAGAACCCGACGGAUCUGGUAUUAUUAUGUGUGAGGAUGAUAUAGAGCCAUCGCCUGUGAUGUUUGAUUCCUGUUUAAGUGCAGAAGAUAAGGAUCUUUAUGUCGCUGACAAUAAGUAUUUCUUUUGUAACAGACAUAAAGUGGAAGGUCCCGAUCUCCCUCGCAAUGGAAGCUCAGUGAUAGGAUGUGCUCCAAUGGAAAGGACAUCUUUGAACUACACCAGUGCUAAGUGUGCAUUAGAAGAUACGGACGAUGUUGUAGUCCAUUAUAGAUACUAUCCAGACAGGACUUACAAGUUUGUGACAGAAUUGGACCCGGAUAGAGAAGUAUGCGAUCAUUGGAAUCCAUGUCAAAUUGGUUAUAUCUACAGUUUACCAUCACCAGAUCAAGCCCUACCAGCCAACGAACUUUGGCAGGAUUCUAUAUUUGAAUUUGUACCACACUCAAUGUCCGGUAAGCUAUAUACUCCGGCACCGCGUCGCCUGAAAGUCCCACCUGGGUAUACUUUCGACGGAGUAUGGAGGGUCAAAGAUCCGUACAACACCAAGAAUCAAAAGGGCACACGCAGGCGUGGGGUUAAAGUAGGAGGACUAACAGUUGGUGGCACCAAUGGUAGGAAAAAUACUAUUCUCGGGGCAGUUGGUGUUGAUGUCGAAAUUGGUGCAGAGAAAGCGACAGUUCAAACGCCCGAUGUGAAGGAGUUGGAUAUGACGGCUGGUCAGCGUGCGGAAUCAAUGACAGUCACCUACAGAUGCAACAAAUGCGAGCUGCUCAGGAUCAUGGUUCGCGCUGCAGAUUACAACGUGCAAAGUUCCAUUAUAAUGGACCUAGGCAUUGUAGGGUCGAAGGAUGUUGGAUAUUACAUAGCUGUGUUCCGUACAGAAGAGAAUCCCGAGGAGAACAUUCAGAUCAUCAAAGUGGAUUUCCUUCAUGUAUCAAGAAUGACAACAAUAUUCAAAGUAGGAGACCACAUGGAUGAGAGAUUAAAGUUCGACUGCUCCGACUGUGAUAUAACAGACGUUCUGUGUAACGGACAGAGCGUCACAGCUUCUGGCAGAGCAACACCAACAUCCAUUACUAUUCGUGUGAGUGAAUUCAGUGCUGAUUACGAAGGGGUCUACCAAGCUGUAUUCGACAGUAAAGGAGAACAAAUAACGAAAACCAUCCUAGAGAUAAGGUAACAACCAAAAAAGUUUUUAAAACUCCUUUAAAGAGAUAUACAGGGUUAUUUGUAAAACACCAGCAACCUUACAGAAAUAUUUAAGUAACUAAUAUUAAAAACAACAGCACUGAUCUACAAGUUUAAUAACAGACGCUUAUAUGUAAAAUAAAUUAAAUAAUACGAAGUUAUAAUUUUUAAUAAACAAAGAUUUAAGAUUUUGAAUUUUAUAUGGUGUUGGUUAUUUAAUUCUGCGGGUUUAUUAGUGUUUUAGAAAUAUCCCUGUAUAUAAUGAAACUGGUGUUUGACGUUUCUGACGAAGAUUUAGAACCUUAUGGUUGACUGAACAGUUAAUUGUAGAAGUCAACAGCACGUCAUGAUAUACAAAUUUUUCAACUAUCUCCACACGAUAUUAAAUCAUAAUGCAAUAUAGAUACGGUUAAAAAUCGGUCGAAGAAAGUUGAGAUAAAGCUAGGCGUGCACCACAAAGAAAACUUCUUCUAUGUUAAUGUACAAGAAAUUUCUUCGUUUCAAUUCGAAACCUCCAUUGAGCCGAAAGACCUCCAUUGAAAUAAAAAAUGCUCCUAAGAACAAACAGGAAUCGAGAGAGGAUUUAUUAAAAAUGGUGAUGUGCCUUGCAAAAAGUGUUGAUCUCGUAAUGGAUGUUAGAGAUAUCAAAGAUAUUUUUAGAUUAUCAGAAAGAAAAGAAAGAGGGGUAAACAACCCGCCUAUAAUUUUGGAGCUCGGAUCCACCCUUUUGAAGAUUGAUCUACUCAAGAAGAUAAAAUUGUUUAAUUCAAAAAACAAAUCCAAAUUACAAGCAAUGCAUCUCGGAUUCACUAUAAAUGAACAUAACCCAAUUUAUAUAACUGAGCAAUUAACUUCAAAAGCUGCGCGAUUAUUUUUCCUAGCACGAGACUUAGUGAAGAUGAAAAACUAUAAAUAUUGCUGGACCUCUUUUGGUAAGGUAUUUGUUAGACAAGAUGAAAGCUCUCGCAUUAUACAAGUUACAACUGAACCUCAAGUUCAUCAACUACUACAAAAGCCAUGACUAUAUAAAAUAAUUAAAUUUUGCAUGAUUUUGUUAUUCCUAACAUUUAAGUGUAUAAUUAAUAAUUUACUUUUUAUUUUUUUUGCCAUAAAAAAAGUACAUAAGUUGCUAACCAAAUGUAAUCAAGCUCAAACUACAUUCACUUACACAACCACCAAUUACAAUAAACACAAAAUUACAUACAAAAUACAAAAAACUGACAAUAUAAAUGUUUUUCUGUGUGUACAUAUUUUGUAUUCUUAUAUUAGUUUAAAUAAUUAUUUAAUAACCUUCUGUUUUGACCAUAUGAACAAAAUUAGACUAAAAUCAUGGAUUUAAACUCUAAUAUUAUGCACGAAAUAGAUAACAUUGAAAUAGCAAAAAGCACAUCUUGCAACUUAGAGGACCUAUUUAAAUAUAUACACAGAGAAAAAGAAAACAAUUUAACUAUAAUAACACAGAACAUAAGAAGUAUAUAUAAGAACAUGGAUGACUUGC